AGCGCUCUCACUUCGCGUUUCAGUUUGGCCUCACUUCGCUUCCCGUAGUUGUAGUUUUGACUCUUGGCGGUAAAUGUGCAGAUAGUCUGUCACGGCAGAGGCGUUAUGGCGGAGGAUGACGAGCAGAGGCUGUCUCACACCCAGCGGCUGAAGGCUGCCGUCCAUUAUACGGUUGGGAAGCUCUGCCAGGCGGUUGCCGAGGACAAGCAAAUAAAUUUCAACAAACAGGCGAUAGCAGCCAUUUCAGAAAUCACCUUCAGGCAAUGCGAAACCUUUGCAAAGGACCUUGAGAUGUUUGCACGGCAUGGGAAGAGAAGCGCCGUCAACAUGGACGACGUGAAGCUGCUCUCCAGGCGUAGUCGUUCUCUGUACACGCACAUCUCCGCCUACAGUGAUGAAAUUGCUUCCAGCAACCAGGAGGAGACCGAGAAGAGAAAGAAGAAACCCAUCGGCACUGGGAAGAGACGCUCAGAUGGGGAUUCUGCAGCAGCAGAGGGCGAGGACAUGGAAUAACAUUCAAACAUGGAAUGAUGGGGUCGUAUGUUCUUCCCUUGUUAAUUACAAUGCAAUAUUUAGGAUAUUUAUAUUUCACCUGCCCAAAGGUCUGGGCAUCCUGUAAAUAUAAUGGGAAAUAUCAUCCCACUGGUAUUGUGUAAAAUAUGUUUGUAGGUUGGUUUGCUUGUUUGUUUUAAAUAUAUUUGUUUAUGCCAAUAAAUAUCUAUUUUAUACAAAUCAACUCAUUGUGGAUGAUAUUUAUUUGAAAAUAAACUGGUUAUUACUUUCAUGCUGCCUAAACCGCAAGUCAUUUGGGCGUCUUCUCAACAUCCCACCAGCAUUGAUAGAUAAAUAAAAUAAAAAAAAAUUCUGGGCAGACAUUCUAUGUGUGGCAGGUGUUGAAUCAAUGCGCCAUGUCCAUUGACAGCAAUGGAUGUCCAAGUGGAUUCCGCUAAAAGGCAUUGUCAUGCCCAAGGCCUGAUUAUUAAAAUCCUAUAUGUGUAUUAUAUUUGUAACUGUGUAAUGUCUUAUCCCAGACAUGGGUGAGGGGUCAUUCAGACUGUGGGUUUGUGUAUUGCAUUUUAUUGGGGGGUCUGGCUGUUUGGUAUCUCCUUUGAAGUCAUGCACUCUGGUCCCAUCAUAUAAUCAAACAGAUAAGGGGUCAGGAACAGAGAUGCCCCACCUGGUGGGAUCAGAGGGGAGGGGGGAAUGUAGUUUCCCUCCAAAGAAGCAGAUAAGACUUAAAAUGCUGGGCUCAACGGUUGUUCAAGGCUGUGCCACAAGCUGACAAGACCAUCCUAAGAAAAGCUGGACUCUCACUCUCAUGGACUGCUAUAUCAUCAUGCUGUAAGAACUUCAUCUUUUGUUUUCUGAACUUGUCUUGCAAAACUCUUA